AACUUCCCGUGCAGCUGAACGAAAGUUAAUUCAAACACCUCAGCGUAGUAGUAUACAUUGAGAGAAAGCUAGUGAUCGCUAACAGCUCUUGAAUAUGGCUCAGUCUGAAGUGGACACAACGACACUUUGCCUGUUUGAUGUUGACGGCACGUUAACUGCAGCUCGACAAAGGGUGACGCCGGUGAUGCGAGAGUUCCUCACGCGACUCAGACAGAGAGUGAGAGUUGGUGUUGUCGGAGGCUCUGACCUGGACAAGAUUAAAGAACAACUUGGGGAAGACAUUAUUGAUAAAGUGGAUUAUGUAUUUGCUGAGAACGGAUUGGUGGCCUACAGAAUGGGCCAGCUGCACUCUGUACAGAGCAUUCAGGCAUAUAUGGGAGAAGAGGUCCUGCAAGACUUUAUCAACUUCUGCCUGGAUUAUAUGGCAAAGAUCAAACUGCCGAAGAAAAGGGGGACCUUUGUUGAGUUCCGUAAUGGAAUGCUCAACAUCUCUCCGAUUGGCCGGAGCUGCAGCCAACAGGAGCGAAUAGAAUUCUUUGAGCUUGACAAGAAAGAGAAGAUCAGAGAGAAGUUUGUUGCAGUUCUGAAAGAGGAGUUUGCCGGGAAAGGACUUGCUUUCUCUAUUGGUGGUCAGAUCAGUUUCGACGUAUUUCCAGAGGGCUGGGAUAAACGCUACUGUUUGGGAAUCUUGGAAAAGGAUUCAUACAAGACCAUCCAUUUCUUUGGAGACAAAACCAAACCAGGGGGAAAUGAUUACGAGAUCUACGCCGAUCCUCGGACAGUCGGUCAUGAGGUGACCUCACCUGAAGACACACAGCGUAUUUGUGAGGGGCUCUUCCUCAGCUGAGACAGCAUCACAUCAUCAUCAUCAUCAUCAUCAUCACUGUCGUCGUCAUUGUCGUCAUCAUCAUAUAUCACUGAAACCUAAACUGGUGGACAGUCUCUCAUCACUUUUUUUUUUAGUUUCUCAUUAUCACCUGUUAACUGUCACUUUUAAGCCUAAAACAUGACCUUUGACCCUUGAUUCUUUAUCUGAACUUAGACUAUCAAGAUGACCAUCAAACCCAAACACGUAACCCCUGAAUCAGAUUGUAAAAGAUAAUCUAACAUAACUACACAUUAAUCGUCAAACCAUAACAAGACUCAAGGAGCCUUCAAAUUGAGCCUUUAGCCUUUCUCUGAGUCAUCUGAACAUGGGUUGAUUAUGUUUAUUUUUUUAUAACCAUAUAAAGCAGAGAUUUAUUCUUAACCAAGUUAUGUCUCUGACAAAUCUGCUGCUUAACAUAUUUUGAGAUCAUUUCUCCUCAAAGCAGUGACCACGGACAGAAAAGAUCAAUGUCCUGUUAAGUUUAGAGACUUGAGGGAGAGAUCUACACUAAAUGAGCUCACAAACACUCACACGCACAUCAUUUUACACUGUAGUUAUAUAGUGUCAUUUAGAGCCCUUGUGUCACUUGAGGUUACGGGACCUUGUGAAGGGUCAAUGGCAAAGAGAUGAAGAAGAGGGUAUGAAUGUUUCUUAAAGAAUAGCAAGAGUCCUGGUUAAAUGUUUAUCUUUUUUUAUCUUUCAGGUCUUUUUGCAUCAAAGUUGAGUUCAUGCAUUUGAGCAAAUGAACAUUUGGUCUCUCUUAGCAUGUUCAGGUCUUUUAAAUUUCGCUCAUAAGAAAGGAAGUCAGUACCUCAGUUAAUGAACGGACAAGGGUGGCUUUUGUACCAGGGAAGGGAUACGUAUGAGAUGGCUUUGGUCUGGGGUACCUUUAAAAGGCAGCUUUGUAGACUUUGGUGAACGGGUUAUUUUAAUUGGUGGGAUUCAGGGCUUCACUGAAGGGGUUAUUGAAGUGGACGUGAUCAUUGUGACUAAAUCAGCCAAUGAUGCAUUACUUGCAUAUGUACAUCACUGGCACUGCAUUAGUAAGGACCUGUUUUUGUGAUUGACUGACCCUCUGUCCAGUCACAAAUUGAGCUGCUGCCCAUCCAGUCUGGCUGACUUGAGGCUUUUGUUAAAUUGAAGGGCUGUUACUAAGAAUCCAUGACUAGAUACUUUUUAUCUGGUAAUAUUCUGUGUCAAAGUCUCCCUUUUUGUUCCGCUGCAGAGGUGUGCCAAUCAUAAAAAGAGCCUUUGAGAAGUAAAAAUAAAUGUAGACCUUGUUACAGAAUGAGUGGGUUGUAAUAUGUGACAACUACUCCUAGUUCCAUUUCACAAAACCCUUCACCAAGACAGACAUUUGUUCAUGGCUCUUUCAACCUACAGUCGAAAUUGUUUUUGUAUUUUUG